AUGGCCCCAAUAAUAACUGACGCUCCCCAUUCUUCUUCCCUAUGGGACAAGACAUCUGAUUUCAUCUCCAGAAACAAAACCGCCAUUGCUCUAACCGCCCUAGUUGCUACCGGUGCCACAGGCGCUUAUAUCUACUACAAUUCUCCUUCUUCUUCUUCUGCUUCUGACAAAGAUAAGGCUAAAAAGAAAUCCUCAAAGAAAUCCGCUGAAAAUAAUCUCUCAAACAACAACUCAGAAGCUGGUGAUUUAGCUUCUUCGGAUUUGUCCUACCCUGUUGACAAAAAAAAUCUUCCUAAUUUGACUGAAGAAUUUAUCGCCUCUCUAUCCGAUGAAUCAAAAAUAAAAUACUCUCUUAAAUUAAAAGAAGAAGGUAACACUAAAUUCUCCUCAAAGGACUAUGAAACCGCAAUUAUGUUCUACACAAAUGCUCUCAAAUUAAAAGAAGACCCUGUUUACUAUUCAAAUAGAUCUGCUUGUUAUUCAGGUUUGGAUCAAAAUGAAAAAGUCAUUGAAGAUACAACAAAGGCCCUUGAAUUAAAACCGGAUUACUCUAAAUGCUUACUAAGACGUGCUAUAGCCUACGAAAAAUUAUCCCAAUUCCCCGAAGCAAUGUACGACUUGACCGCCUUGACCAUCUAUGACGGCUUUCAAAAUAAGUCCGUUGAACCAAUUUUAGAGAGAAUCUUAAAAAAGCACUCAACUAAGAUAGUCCAAAAUAAUCUUAAAAACAGAGUUCCAUCUUUACCAACUGCUUCCUCAAUUUGUUCCUUCUUUGGCGCUUUCAAAAAAGAUGAUCCAAUCGUCUUAUCUCAAGAUGAUACCGACUCCAAAAAUGGUCUUUACUACCUCUCUGAAGCCUUGAAUAAUUUAGAUAAAAGCACAAUGGAAUCCUAUGAAUUGGCUGACUCCUAUUUCAGUCAAGCAGUUAAUGCUUUCAAAGACGUAACAAUCUCUUCUUCUGAUGCCGACAAAGCAAAUACAGCUGUCGCUUUAGAGUAUUUAGCUGCAAUGAAAUUCUUGAAAAAUGAGCCCACCGAUUCUUUAAUCGAUUUAGAUAAGGCCUUAUCUUUACAACCAAGAUCCAAAACUUUUGUUCUCAAAUCUCUUAUAGCUGCUGAUAAAGCUGAUUUUGAAGAAGCUAACUCAAACUUCAAAAAGGCUCUUGAAUUGGACGACAAAAAUCCUGACAUCUUUUACCACAAGGGUCAAAUGCAUUAUCUAACCGGUGAAUUAUCUUUGGCUGAAACUCAAUUCAAAAAGGCAAAAGAAUUAAACCCUUCAAACCUUUAUGCUCACAUUCAAUUAGCUUGUAUUGCUUACAGAAAUGGUAGCAUCGAUUCCGCUGAAAAACAAUUUUCUCAAGCAAAACAAAAAUUCCCCGACUCUCCAGAAAUUCCAAACUACUACGGUGAAAUCUUAGCUGAUAGAGGAAAAAGUCCUGAAGCUAUAAAACAAUUUGAUUUAUCUUCCGAGCUACAAAAAAAAUCCUCUCAAUUCUCCGUUGGUGCCGUUCCUUUAAUUAAUAAAGCAACUUUAGUAUCAAGAGAAGGCUUGCCUGAAAGCAUCAAUAAAGCAGCUGAAAUCUUACAAGAAGCUUGCGACUUGGAUCCAAAAUCUGAAUUGGCUAGAAUCACUUUAGCCCAAAUUAGAUUACAGCAAAAUAAAGUCGAAGAUGCAAUCAAAUUAUUUGAAGAAAGUUCAGAUUUAGCUAGAGGUUUUGAGGAAAAAGUUCAGGCUACUUCUUUUGCCGAAGCUUCAAAAAUGCAACUCAAAAUUAAAGAAAAUCCCAUUUUAUCUGCAAAAGUUCAGCAAAUGUUGGAUUCCCUUACCGGUGAAGCUCCACAAUAA